AAAGGCGCUUCCUGUAAACAGAGGAGAAGAAAGAGAAACAAGCGAAGGGCAGCUGGUGGUUGCAGCUUGUUGUGGGGGCGCCUACCCCCACAAUAACACCUACCCCUCUCCUCGAGGCCGCCUCUGCAGUUGUCGCCGACUCCGCGCGAUGACAGGACCAUCGGCAGCCCCGGUACCCGAGCUCUCGCGCCCUUCCCCUCCAGCCUCUCAUCCUAUUGGCGGCGGCCCCCGUAUCGAGCGCGCGACUUGACCCCACCACCCUCGACCCUCGCGCCCUCUUUUCUCCCUGUCGGCUCGCGGCCGCCUGGGUGACAUAACGAUCGCGCGCGCCUCUCUCCCCUCCACUACUCUUUCGUCUCGCGGACCAAGUACGAGUCCUUUGAUGACGUGACAGUCGGUGCCUCAGCCCGCACCCUGUCGAGAGCUUUGCUGUCAAUGCAGUGGAAGGAGCUCGGGCUCCGAUGACGUAGCAUCAUCUCCCCCCGACCCGUCGCCCCAGGUUUGAUGACGUGAGGCUCCCGUGCCGGAGCGCGAGCCCCGGGGCUCCAAGGGCCGUUCCGCCGCCAGUCAGAGCGACGAUGCUGUCGGAGGUGCAACCGUGCCUGCAGCUGCUGCGCAUCGGCACCGCUCCUCAGCCGAGCCCCGAAUCCGGGCCGGCCGCGCCGCGAGAUCUCUACACCUUCCUGCCGGCCGGUCAGCGCUGUACCUUUCGCCUGGGCCGCCAGGCUGACUUGACCGACCUGCGCCUGAGCUCGGGCCGGGCUGACGAACUCAUUUCGCGGGUGCACGCCGAGCUGCAGGCCGAGAGGGGCUCGGCCGGCGACUGGAAGGUGCACAUCGUGGACAGGAGCACUAAUGGUACCUUUGUGAAUGAUGUUCGCAUACCCAAAGGCCAAAGGACAGAGCUUGCAGAUGGAGAUACUGUCACUUUUGGCCACCCAGAUGCUGUGAAUAUCCCAGAAGGUUGUUUGGCAAGUCAGCAGGACUCUGAAUUCUAUUUUCUGUUCCAAAAGGUCAGGGUCCGUCCAGCAGACUUUGAUGCCAUAACAAUCCCCAAGGUUCGGGAGCAGUGUGGAUUUCGACCUGUUUGUUCUACAGACAAGUGCAUCUCUCCCCAAGGGACCAGGAUACGGAGCUUCACUGAAACUCCAGCUGCUUCCCGGGCAACGUUAAUUCUGAAUUCCAUAGGAAGUAUCAGCAAGCUGAAGUCACAACUGUCUGCAUUUCAGACAGAACGGGGAGGUAGAGGCCAGUGCAAUGAUACAAAGGGAGUUCUUGGAAAAUUUCAGCAGUUCUCUUUGAAUGGCUGCCGUCCCAGUAACAAUGCAGUUGCUGCCCCAGCCCAGAAGAGGCCUGUAACCAAGCAACGGCGGAAGACAGUCCACACUGUUCUUCCUGACCUGGAGCUCGAGGAGGAAUUACAACGGUUCUCAGUAGAGGUGCAACAAAGUGCCAACAGCCGUCGGCACUGUAAGUCUGAGUCUGACGUUGACCCAGAUCUGUACCGACAGUUGACUUUGGGUGUUCGGGAACUGUCGCCAGAACCAAAGCCUACUUUCAAAAGGCAUAAAUUGGAGCACAACACUCCCGUUCUCCAAAAUUCAAUGGAGAAUACCCACAUCACUCCCACUGGAAAGAAACGAGGUCGUCCCCGUAAGCAUCCUUUAGGCAGCAUUCCACUUGGUUCGAAAGUUACGUGUAAGGUCUUCACCCACACACUGUAUGCUGCUGAACAGUGUGCCGCUGAGCAGUGCCAGUUGCCACAGGAAGAUACUGUCGAGUGGGUGCAGUGCGAUGAUUGUGAUGCAUGGUAUCACAUCGCUUGUGUUGGGUGCAACUACAUCGCUAUGAAAGAAGCAUCAGCGGAGUUCCACUGUGGCUGCACGUAACCGUCACUUUAUAAUCAGUCUUCCGGUUAGGGUUUGCCUUAAAGCUUUAAGCUUGAGAGAAGAUGUUGGUGAUCUGAGGAGUCUACUGGCUGCUUGUCUACCAUUUUGUCCCUGAGAUUUGAGUGAACUUCAGAUUUUAAAAGGCUGCAUAUUCUUCCUUUUAAAUUACUUCAUUUGUAAAGUGCUAGAAAUAUGGCAACUGAUAAGUGGGACCAAUCAGGUGAAUGAAAAUUACAUUAUAAUUUCAGUUUCACUGAAGGGAAUAUUAUUACUGAUUAUUUCUGUUUUCCAAUGUACAAAACCAGUAUGAACUUCUGCAAAAUACCUGAACAUUUGGUUAUUUCUAUAUCGUCUCAACUUUCCAUUAUUCACUUUGCAAAAUUCUAUUUUCAUACCACCUGUAAAACUGUGAGAUUAACCUUCUGAUUACUUCACAGUAAGUGGGGGAGCAGGAUUUAUUUUUAUUGUUUUUGGACCAUGAAGGACAAAUCCUUUGCUUUCUUCAACAGUGGGAAGAACUGUGGAGACUUCAACAAUCUCUAUACAACCUGACCAAUUUAGCUAACUGCAGCACAGUGGCUCUGCGUUGAUAUCGGGGAAAAUCCAUUCGGAUUACUUUUGCUGAUUGAUGUCCAGUACUUUUAACGUUGGCUAUUAUCAUGUGUGUGAAAUUGGAUCCAUACUGCUGAAGUUCCUAGUGCAGAGAUGCCCGUAAACUCGGGCUGUUGUGUGAAUCUGCACCUGACACCUUGUAUUUGUGGAACUGUUCCUUUCUCAGUCUAACAACCAUUGGGUGGUUCUUUUAGUCAGGAUUAGAUAGUUGUAACAUCAAACUGCUGGGUCUGUCUUGGAGGAGGUGCUUGUUAAAGUUGUAUUUUUCUGGUUGUACUUGAGUAUUAAGGGUAUGCUCAGGGAGAUAAAGGAAUAGAUCAUUGCUACGACUGAAUUGAGCAGGAAUAGCCUAGUUUCAUGCAUCAAUUCAGUGGAGGCUUGUCACUCCUUGCAGACCAGGUACUCUCUCCCACCACCUCCCCUCCCCCCCACCCCUUAGGAAAGGAAGUGGUGUUUAUGUGUGUUUUCUGAUCCUUGAUGCAGGGAAUUGCGUUCAUUAUAGCUGUCAACCAACUCUGCAUUUUUGACUUGAUUAUCAUCCGAUUUGUUUAUUACAGAAAUGUAACGUUUUGGACAGUUGAAUAUAUGGUGUGUACCAGUUCUUUGCUCUGGUUGACUAAAUGAUAAUUAGAAAUCUGCAUUGAGUACUGGAAAGAAUGGUGGGAGACUGUGGCAGAGCCUGAUGAUGUUAGCUAACCUCAAAAAAAAAUUAAUAAAAGGUGCAUUCUUCCCUUUGGACUUUCAGUAUCAGAAUCCAAUGGGCUAUUUUUAUGUAAAGCAUUAUUUCAAAAUGGCUUGGGGCAGUAAAAUUAUUAUAGCAGCAGCAAUAAUAUUAAAUAUUGUGAGGCAGAUCCUUGAGCAUCUAAGACCUAAGCACUGCCUUCUUUUUUUCCUUAGCCGUAUCACCUCACCUGGGCAUAAGCUGCUGACGGUCCACUGUCCUGGGCCAGUCUUUCAAGUUGUCCCUACGUAUAGCCCAUCUUGGUUCUUCCUCUUCCCAGUGAUGAGGUCUUUGGACCUUCUGUAGCUCUGGGAUGGGGUCUCCAGCCCCCUGUCCAACUCUCCUCCUUUCGCAGCUGGGUUUGAAACCAUCCAUUGCAGAGCUAAGUGCUGCAUUUAAACAAGAAAUUAGCUCCUGACCAGCCUGUUUUUGAUUUACAGUACGUGCAGCCUUUACAAUGGUUCUGUAUCUGGUUUAAAUAAGUGGGUGUGAUCAUGUGAUGGAUCUAGAAUUUAAGGUUAAAAUGACCAUUUUUGCAGCUACUUAAGCCAUUGCUUCUGGAUGUAAAUCAGUACAACUAAAUCCGUAAAAAUAGUUAUGAUAGGUUUAUGGGUUACUUAAAAUAGUGCACACACAUGACAGCCUGAAAUAGUGGUCUUGCUCUAAGACUACAAAAUUGGAUGAUGCAACAGCACAUUUAUUGAGUUUCUAUGAGGGAAAGUCGAAGAAUGAUCAUUUCAAGUUUGUGGAAGUUUGAUCUUGACAUGCUGAUGAUUAUUCUGUGAACCUUUUUCUGACACUGAUCAGGCUUCACCAGAGAGUAUUCAUUAAUAUAUUUCUCCGGUUACAAGUAAAUGAAUGACUUCAGUUGAUUCACUUACUCUGUUUUAAAUGAAUGUAUCAUGUACCUUUGAUUCAUUUCCUUCAUACUGUUGACUUUGCCUACCAUGAACCAAGUUAUUUUUCCUAAUACAUCAGUAAAUAUAAUUCCAAUUUUAGUAAAUAUUAUCAAAGCAAUAGAAAGCUGAGAAAGUAACCUGAUUACUGAAUUUGAGCUCCUCUGGGUCUUAUUCCAACUUUCCAACUAGUAUGGAUCUCUAAAUGUUUAGAAAUAGGGAAUUUUAUUUGUCUGUUGUCUCAUUUGUGUUGGUCCCGCUGUCCACUCCUCAUCUAUUUUCCUUCACUUUGUGACAGCGUUGUGUAAUAAUGAGAGAGUUGACCUUAAUGGGCAAAGGAGGGAGCUACUAAAACAUAACUACUUUGUAAGAACAAACUUAAACUAAACUAGAUUUUGAUGUAGUUUGGCAUGAAAAGCAUUAAUUUGACCUAUUUCCAAAAUAAAUCUAUGGAUUUAUGAAUGAGGACAGUGUAUGUAGGGAGAAAUUUUCAAGCAAGAUUGGUUUGCAAUUCAAUCAAAUUCUAUGCCCUCUGAUUGUCUCAAAGCACCUUACAGUUAAUGAGGUAUUUCAGAAAUGUAGUCACAGGAAACAUUUGAAUAAACUAGAAAACAGAACAGAUGUGUUUUGUUCUUAAUGGGUUUGUUGUGAUCUGAAAUGCACUGACUGAUAAAGGGUUAGGGUUAACCCUAAAGGUGGUGGUCUUGUAUUCCUUGGUAAUCUUUUAAAGCUAAUUGGAUAAACCCCUUCCCUACCCACCCACCUUUCCCCCUCACUUGUCAACCAGCUUGCACUCCUCCUCCCUUCCCCUCCGCCCCCCCCACUUAUUCUGACUGCAGCCCCCUUCCUCUCUAAUCCUAAUUAAGGUCCUCAGCCUGAAAUGUUGACUGUUUAUUCCCCUCCAUAUAUGCUUGCCUGACUUGCUGAGUUCCUUCAGCACUUUGUGUCUUGCCAUUGGAUAUUUAUCUAAUGUGGAUUAGGGAAAUGCAAAGCUGCAAGGAUAGACCAGAGCAGUCAAUCUAAUUGGAAGCUCUACCGAUGAGCUGGCGGAUAAAUCAGGAUAAAUUGCGACCACCUAUUUUAUAAUGGCUAUCUUCCGUUUUUAAGCUAACAGUGUUUAAAUAUCACUUUCUUGUUUUAUAUUCCUUGUCCAAGUCUGAAGCACUUAAUAAUGGAGCUUGUUAAAUUAUUUAUUUUAAUGAAACUUAGCAGAAUGUUACCACAUUCAUUGAUUUGAUUUUGUUUCUUCUUUUCUAUACUGAUGUCAAUCCCUGAUUUUUCAAUUGGGUAUUAAAUACUUUGGAUUGGGGAAUUACAUCACAACAAACUGGCAAGCAGGCUAAUGAGAAUUCACAUUAGAUUAUAAAUUGCAUCGAUGCAAAUUUUCCUUCAUCCACCAAUAUUUUUCAAAAAAAGAGGCAACUGUACAGAAUCUUAAGAAUGCAUUAAUACUUUUCUGUCUUUUGUUAGCAGAGAGAUUACAGAGUGGGUAGGCAGCUGACUUCCUUGAGGUAGAUGAGCUCAAUCUACCUUGUUGCCCUUUUUGUCCUCCUUGUUGUGGCAUGGUUGAUUUCUCAUUGCUGUCCUGCUUCUGUAUGGUGCUGCUUUGAGUUUAUUUGCAAUCAGGAAGCCAACUGAAGGAAAGACUUUAUGAACUAAAUGUUGAAUUUGUCUGUGCUUUUUAAAAAAGGAUCGUGGAUCAGUGUUGAAUCCACAGGUUCUUAAACUUUGAUUUUAAACUCUGGUGGUAGUGAAUCAAAUAUGAGACAUAUGAACACUACAGUCUGCUGUUUGUGUGUUUUGCACAUUCAUCUGUCAGCAUUCAGCUGAUGAGUUUGCUUUCAUUACAAAUAACUUAAUAAAAUAAUUAAUGAGGGCACAGGGGACACAAUUCAUCUGUUUUUCAUUGUUAUAAAAAAGUACUGCAGUAAGGUCCAGAUGCAAUACUUCAUUGGAACAUGACAUGAUUAAUCUGAUCAGGAUUACAUUGGGUAUAAAGUUAGCCAACUGUGUGCAGAUCACUUCCACUUGUGAAAGUGAAAUUCCAAUAUAAGCACUUUGCCCACAACUUUGAUUGGACUCUUCAUCUGUACUUUUAUGGCUACUCUAGCUGGGAUGGUGAUAAGGAGGCACAACUCUGGCUAUGAUAGCCUUUAUUGAGGUUCUUGCUGCUGACUUCUGUUGCCAUAAAAGUCAAGUGGAAUGGCAAUCUACCCUGACUGAUCAACCACCUUGGCCAGUGUAGCUAACAGGCAAAGGGUGUUAAUCUAUUGGCACAGUUUUCCACCACACAAUCCAAGUGGGGAAUGGUUAAAUCCUGGAUCCUGCCAUUUUUCUGCUGAAGCAGAAUAGUGAUUAUGAUCAAAGCCUGGCAGCAGGACCCAGUAGCUCAUUAAAAAUAAGAUUCUGCUGGUGUUGAAAAUCCAAGGCAAUAUGCACAAAAUGCUAGACAAACUCAGCAGGUCAGGCAGCAUCUGUGGAAAUGACUAAACAGUCAAACAUUUCGAGCCAAGACCCUUUGUCGACUUUUAUCCGUUUGCAUAGAUGUUGUCUGAUCUCCUGAGCUUCUCCAGGAUUUUGUGUGCAUUAAGCAGCACCCAGUAGACAAGAGUACCCAAUAAGAGCUGUAUAUUUAAAGAGGUCCCAAGUUUAGACUAUGUAUGUGUGAUUUGGAUUGAUGCAAGCCCUGUACAGUGUCAUGAGCAGCAAUUACAAUACCAGAUCAGCUUUAUGCAAAUCUUAAUGCUACGGUCAUGUCAACCCAUUUGAGCUCGAAUCUGUUAGUGUGAGCCUUGCUUAUAUUAUGUUUUUCUAUUUGAUCUGUUUAAGAGGGAACAAUGGUAUGUAUGUUGGGUGGUUUUGUUUGUACAAUUAUGUCUGUGCACAGUCAGGAUAUAACCAAAAAAAAAUUCAGCUACAUAUCAAAUAAUCAGCAUAAAGCAUAUUUUAUUAGACAUGCAUUCUGUAACUUGCACUGGAUUUGUACUGUCCAAAUUGAUUUGGUUAUGGACUUUUUGCAUUUAAGAAACAAUUUAUUACAACUGCCUUACUGCUUGUUUCUCUAAUUGUAGGAAAAAUCAUCUUGCCAAUAUCACUGCCAGUAUUGAAUAAAUUAAAUU